AUGUCCAGCCAUCCACGAUACUACUUCUCGCUACCUACCGAGGCGCCACAACGAUCCCGCUCAGCAAGUCGGCGGCCGCCUCUAACACCGUCAACUGUUUCUUCACCAUGCCUUACCACACUCGUGCCCGUAACUUCUCGACGGGACUCUGGCACAUCAACAUCUGGUAGCCCCACCAAAGCCUCCAUUCUCCUGGCCAAGGUUGCUUCAUCGCCUACUACACCUCGAGGCGAGACGCCACCUGGAAGCCCAAUGCUCACUCCACGAUCGAGGUUGCAGUCGGAACCGGCCUAUUCUUCUGAGAGGCCAUCAAUGUCAAGGACUGAAAGUGAACGCUACGUCAGACAGUACAGGCAGCAGGAUGGCUACAUCAGCUUUCCUGACUUUGAGAAGUUCUGCCAGAACCAAAACCCAUAUGGCCAGGAGCAGCAGCGGUCUGAUGUCAGGACAUGA